GUUCCAUCCGCGGUGAUGAGCCGGUGAGGAGCGGAGGAGCGAGGCCGGCUGUCUGAGCACCACAGCGGGGAGGCUGGAAGAAGUCGACGGUCACAGCACACUCUCACAGACCCUUCUCCUUCAACACUCACGCUCCGCCCACUGCACCAUGCUGACCCGUCUGUUCCGCAUGCAUGGCCUCCUGGUGGCCUCCCACCCCUGGGAGGUGAUCGUUGGCACGGUAACGCUCACCAUCUGCAUGAUGUCCAUGAACAUGUUCACCGGGAACGACCAGAUCUGCGGCUGGAACUUUGACUGUCCCAAAACUGAGGAGCAAAUCCUGAGCAGUGACAUCAUCAUCCUGACCAUCACACGCUGCAUCGCCAUCGUCUACAUUUACUUCCAGUUCCAGAACCUGAGACAGCUUGGAUCCAAAUACAUCCUCGGCAUCGCCGGCCUCUUCACCAUCUUCUCCAGCUUCGUCUUCAGCACCGUGGUCAUCCACUUUCUGGAUAAAGAGCUUACAGGCCUGAAUGAGGCUCUGCCUUUCUUCCUGCUCCUCAUUGACCUCUCCAAAGCCUGCGCCCUCGCCAAGUUCGCUCUGAGCUCCAAUUCUCAGGAUGAAGUGAGGGAUAACAUAGCUCGGGGCAUGGCCGUGCUGGGACCGACCUUCACGCUGGACGCUCUGGUGGAGUGUUUGGUGAUUGGAGUGGGAACCAUGUCAGGAGUGCGUCAGCUGGAAAUCAUGUGCUGCUUUGGCUGCAUGUCUGUGUUGGCGAACUACUUUGUGUUCAUGACGUUCUUCCCAGCGUGCGUCUCCCUGGUGCUGGAGCUGUCCCGGGAGAGUCAGGAGGGUCAUCCUAUCUGGCAGCUCAGCCACUUCUCCAGAGUGAUGGAGGAGGAGGACAACAAGCCCAACCCUGUAACACAGAGAGUCAAGAUGAUCAUGUCUCUCGGUCUGGUGAUGGUUCAUGCCCACAGCCGCUGGAUCGCUGAACCACUCUCCAUCAACACCACCGUCGACAUACCGCAGGUCGGCAUGCAGCUGGACCGCCUCUCUCCCAGGAGGAUCGAGCCUGACACACCACUGUGGCACUUCUACCUGACCAGGAUGUGGACCAUGGACGUGGAGCAGGUGAUCUGCCUGGUUCUGGCGCUGCUGCUCGCCAUCAAGUACAUCUUCUUUGAGAAGGUGGAGAUGGAGUCCACGCUGUCACUGAAGAACCCCAUCAUGUCUGCGCCCACCCUUGCCCCUCGACGAUCCGCUGACACCUGCUGCAGGAAAGAAAUGCCCUCUCCAAAACCCCCCACCACUGCCCCGAGUGUACCCGCCACCACACCUGCAACUAAUGCAGAGAGAGAUGAGGUGAUCCGGCCGCUGUCGGCUCCGCCCGCUGAUCCUCAGGUGAACAGCGUCUUCGUCGUGGGGGAGGACGAGGAGAAGAUGCCAGAGAGCCAUCAGCCAAUCGUUGACACGAAGCCCCGAGACCUGGACAAAUGUGUGUCCAUCCUCAACGACCCCGAGCUUGGUCCUCGUUUCCUGAGCGACGCUGAGGUGAUGCUGCUGGUCAACUCCAAACACAUCCCUGCAUACAAGCUGGAGGCCAUGAUGGAGAGACCAGAGAGGGGCGUGGCCAUACGCCGACAGAUGAUCUCCGCCAAGCUCCCCUCCCCUUCCGUUCUGUCCUCGCUGCCGUACACGAACUAUGACUACUCCAAGGUGAUGGGUACCUGCUGUGAGAAUGUGAUUGGCUACAUGCCUGUACCGGUGGGCGUCGCCGGACCCCUGCACCUGGACGGGAAGCAGUUCCAGGUUCCCAUGGCAACCACAGAGGGAUGCUUGGUGGCGAGCACGAACCGUGGCUGUCGAGCCAUCACUCUGGGGGGCGGAGCCAGCAGUCGUAUCCUGGCGGACAGCAUGACUCGAGGCCCCGUGGUCAGGCUGCCGUCGGCGUGCCAGGCGGCGGAAGUCAAAGCCUGGCUGGAGAGCUCAGAUGGGUUCCAGGCUAUUAAAGCAGCCUUCGAUAACACCAGCAGGUUCGCUCGGCUCCAGAAGCUGCUGGUCGCUCUGGCAGGACGGAAUCUCUACAUCCGCUUCCACUCAAAGACUGGAGACGCUAUGGGCAUGAACAUGAUCUCCAAGGGCACGGAGCAGGCUCUCAGCAAACUGCAGCAGCACUUCCCCGAUCUGCGAGUCGUCGCCAUCAGUGGAAACUUCUGCACAGACAAGAAACCAGCCGCCAUCAACUGGAUCGAAGGACGAGGAAAGUCUGCAGUCUGUGAAGCCACCAUCCCGGCUAAAGUGGUCCGAGAGGUACUGAAGACGUCCACGGCCGCUCUGGUGGAGGUGAACGUCAGUAAAAACCUGGUGGGUUCAGCAAUGGCAGGGAGCGUUGGAGGGUACAACGCUCAGGCUGCUAAUCUGGUGGCUGCUAUCUACAUCGCCUGUGGACAGGACCCAGCUCAGUGUGUCGGCAGCAGUAACUGCAUCACUCUGAUGGAGCCGUCCGGACCAACUGGGGAGGAUCUCUACAUCAGCUGCACCAUGCCGUCCAUCGAACUGGGAACUGUGGGAGGGGGCACCAACCUCCCCCCCCAGCAGGCCUGUCUGCAGAUGCUGGGCGUGCAGGGGGCCAGCCAGGACUGUCCCGGUGAGAAUGCCCGUCAGCUGGCCCGGGUCGUCUGCGGUGCGGUUCUGGCUGGAGAACUCUCGCUGAUGGCGGCUCUCGCUGCUGGACACCUGGUCAAGAGUCACAUGACACACAACAGAUCGAAGGCGAACCUGCAGGAGACUUCAGGAAGCUGCACUGCUAAAGCGUCCUGAGAAGCUGAGAGCAGCUUGGUAACGCAUGGACAAAAAAUCAUUACAAGAACUCUGACGUCUUCAAGUGCUUUCAUCGAGACACGGCACUGUCUCAGGAUGAUCUGUAUGCUGGACAUUAAAGGAUCCACACGAGCUGAUUAGACUGUGGACGUUGAUUCAUUGCUUUUCUAUCUUUACAGAGCAGCUAAACUUUUUUUUUUUUUUUUUCUGCAAAGUUUGGGUUCAGAUGAAACAUUCCUGCUGUCCUGUUGCCAAAUGAAGCUUUUGAACACCUAAAAUAGCUAAGAGGAGAAUUUCUGAAAUGGUGGAAGGGGUCUGAGGGUGUGGUUCACUAAGAAUGGAAUACAGCCGCUCAUCCCUGUCUUCCUCUCUCUCAUCCGUCUCUGCUCAGAUUCACCAAGCCUCUAUCUCUGACAUUCAGGCGCAUGAAGUCGAGUUGCUGUGAGCAGCUUAAGCAGCACUUACACUGUCAUCAUAGCGCUGUAGCCUCACAGCAAGAAGGUUUCGGGUUCAAAUCCCCGCCACUGCCUUUCUGUAUGAGGUUGGUGUUUUGUUCCUGGGCUUGUGUGGGUUCUCUCCAGGUUCUCCGGCUUCCUCCCACAGACCAAAAACAUGCUCCAUAGGUGAAUUUGUGACUCUAAUUGGUGUGAGUGUGAGCGUGCCUGCUUGUUUGUCUCUAGAGCCACCAAGAACUUUCUGGAGGCUGCAGAAAAAGCCUGAAAGCAGAGGAAGGAGGGAUUGUUUUCCUGAUCACUGGAAAGUUUGACUGUGAUGUCUUUUAGAAACACACACCUCAGCAGACCUGGUUCUUACCUCACACUAACACACAUUUGUUUGUUUUGGGCAUUCAGAUACCGCUGUAAUCCUUCGUGUGUGUGUGCACAGAAACCAGUCGAAUAUCUGAUAGCUCUGCAGACAGAGGUGGUCCAGGAUGUCCCCGUGUGGGUUGGAUUGGUUCUGUAGAUGCAGUGGCCCCAGCAGCUGACAUGACCUGCUGUUUUCUGCUUCUAAACCAAAACCUUGGCUUUAUUUAUGUCCGUUCAGCCUCAGUCACAGCGAUGGGAACUUUUCAGAGCUCUGAAUGAUCUGUCCCGACUAGUAGUAAGAGCCGGUCUUUCAGCUCCCAGGUGGCUCUUUAUUUGGCAUGUUUUGGAAGAGUCAGAACUGGCCCUACCUUUGAAAAUGACAUCUUGCCUCCCAGUUGUCAUCCCAGUCUAACCAGUACUUCACAGGACUAAAUAGCUAUAAAUAAUCUAUCAGUGCAUCCCUUCAGAGCAUGUUUGUAACAACCUGAGGGAGAAAAGCAUUUAAAGAGGCUCCGCUAGCCUCGUAGCUGGUGGCUAACUGGCCCCCAUUCAUUCUUAUCAUGUAGGGAUACUAAACUGCAUAAAUGACGUUUGGGCUGCUGGUUGCUAAGGUAUGCUAAGUAUCUGAAUGACCAAAAUGGAUCGUUAAUACCAACAUAAACAUUUCUCCUCUGGCUCUUUUGUAGGUUCAGUGGCUAAAUGUGCUGUGCUCUCCUUCAGUGAAUCAGACCCUCAUCAAUCUGUAGUUUCUUUAAACUUUCAGGAAGCCGCCACAGCUCAGCAGACUCAAUGAUUCAGAUUUGGAAUAAAUAGCUAAAGAUGAAGAAAGACUUUUGGAUCCAUGAGGCACUUUAGAGCUCAGACUCGGCCGAUUCCGUCACCCGUCUGUGCAGAAACAACAGGCCGUUAAAAAAGGGAGAAUAAAUACGGUAUAUCCAGGCGUCUGCACAGCUAAUACCACUAUGCAACAAAUCCUGAAAUCAAUCAGCUGACCUCUGCACUGAUUCCAAACCAAAGGAAAAACUCAUUCGGUCUGUUUUUUAGCCUGUUUACUGCAGGAACGUAAAGGUGUCCUGGUGCAGAGCCUUCAUACUGAUCCUACGUGAGCCUGCACAGCUGAGGAUCCAGCAAGGAAAGCGAUUCAGCCAU